ACAGCAGCAAUCAAAAUGAGUUCACCAAACGCCACGACAUCGUCCAACUACUGGGACUUUGUGUUCACCGAGCUGGCCGAUCCUCGGACAAACCAUUGGCCCCUCAUAUCGUCGCCCGUGCCCGGGUUGACCAUCAUUGCCAGCUAUCUGUACUUUGUGCUCAACUUCGGACCCAAGUAUAUGGCCAACCGGAAGCCGCUGCAGAUGCAGAAAACCCUCGUCGUGUACAACUUCAUCCAGGUCCUAGUCAGUGUCUACCUGUUUGCUGAGGGUCUUGAUGGGGCAUGGCUGCGGAAUUACAGCUGGCGGUGUCAACCGGUGGACUUUGAGAACAAUCCCGCUGCCAUGAGGGUUGCUCGCGGUUGCUACAUCUACUUCCUGGCCAAAAUCUCCGAGCUCCUGGACACGGUGUUCUUCACGCUGCGGAAAAAGGACAACCAAAUCACGUUCCUGCACCUGUACCACCACACGGUGAUGCCGAUGAUCAGCUGGGGAGCCACCAAGUACUACCCCGGAGGGCACGGAACGUUCAUCGGUGUGAUCAACUCGUUCGUGCACAUCGUUAUGUACACCUACUACAUGAUGGCCGCCAUGGGACCCCAGUACCAGAAGUACCUCUGGUGGAAGAAGUACAUCACCAACCUUCAGAUGGUCCAGUUCGGUAUGGCGUUCGGUCACUCGGCCCAGCUCCUGUGGACCGACUGUGGUUACCCGCGCUGGUCCGUGUUCUUCACCCUCCCGAACGCCAUCUUCUUCUACAUGCUGUUCAACGACUUUUACAAAAAAUCCUACGGUUCCAAACGGGCUAGCCGAAACACUGCCUCCGUCCGGGACGACGGGACCACCGCCGACCCGACGGUCAACGGCAAGAUCGUGGAAAACAACAAUACCCUCGACGCGUUACCGAAGCCCGCCAAAGUCGCCAGCAAAGACCUAUGAGAGGGCCGGGAUGGCCGGGCCGGGGCGCUUGGCGUACAACUAUGCUCCCGAGUUUUGCUCAGAAUACCAGUUCACCUGCAGAAUACCAGAAAGUGUGCGGAAAAAGGGUUCUUACUGCCGUCAAGUACCUUCGAUGACUUUUUUUUACUUCUUUUCGUGUGCCGAGAGUGUACCAAGGUGUGUAGGGCAGUGUGGAAGGGUUCGUGACAGUCUUUCGGGCGGACCUUAGGUCCGGAGCCGGACGCAUCAACCCUUCUCAGGCCGACGCCGACGUCCACGCUGACAGGUACGCGA